AUGCAGGUAAUACUCGCCUUCGCGCUGAACAGGGGCUUCGGGCCUCUGGCCGAGCUGCGGCAGAAUCGGGCGAAGCGACGGGCCAUGGAGGGGGGCUUCCGCGACGCGGACCUUGGUGGGGGUGGGGGUGGGGGUGGGGGUGGGGGCCCGGCUGGGGGUGCGGGCCCGCGCCGCGCCGGCCUCUCCCCACCCCGCCACCCCGCCACCCCGCCACCCCGCCACCCCGCCACCCCGGCCGACAAUGCGCCUUUCAGGAGCCUCCGCCCCCACUGGAAAAUCCCCGCGCGGUCUCCGGGGCGGCCGGCGUCUGCUGCCCUCGAGGCGAGGGAUUCCGCGCCCCCGACGAGGUGCAGGGGCAACGCGCCCGCAGGCGCCGGGACCCGCCGGGACCCCUGCCCGCAGCUCGCCGCCCCGGGAGCGCGCAGCCUCUGCCCGCCCGCCCUGGGGGGCCCCCGAGCCGCGAGCCCGGCCGGCCGAGGGAGCCCCGCUGCCUCCUCCCCUGCUCGGGCCCGUUGCAGAACUACAGUGCGCAGCGGCCCGGCAGCCUGGGGAGGGGGCCGCCGCGCCCGGGCGCGCAGGGGGAGCGGCCGCCGCGCCGAGGCCCCAUUUGAAAGAAAAAAGGGCACGAAAAAGGAGGUGGUGGAGGAGGAGGGGGAGGAGGAAGAAAACGAAAAGGAGCGAGGAGAGGAGGAGAAAGAGGAGGAGGAGGAGGAGAAAGGUCCCUCGCUCGGGCUCUGCGCGCUCUCCCGCGGCAGCUCUCUCCGGGCGAAGCUGGGAAUUGGCCUCGUCGCGCUCUCCGCCUCGCUCUCCCCGGCGUCGGGCCGGGAGAAGCCGGCAGCAUCGCGAGCCUCCCGCCGAGGGCGCCGCGGUCCGCGCCCCGAGCCCGCAGCCCCCGGCCCGGCCCCGGCGGGGCGCCCCCUCCCCUCCCCCCUCCGGCGCGCGGGGGCCCGGCCGGCUUCCGCCUGUCCCGGGGCUGCGAGACCGGCCCCGGCCGCCCGGCCGCCGGUGGCUCCAGCCAUGGGCUCGGGGCGCGUGCCCGGGCUCUGCCUGCUCGUCCUGCUGGUCCACGCCCGCGCCGCCCAGCACAGCAAAGCCGCGCAAGAUGUGGAUGAAUGUGUGGAGGGGACUGACAACUGCCACAUCGAUGCGAUCUGCCAGAACACCCCACGGUCCUACAAGUGCAUCUGCAAGUCUGGCUACACAGGGGAUGGUAAACACUGCAAAGAUGUGGAUGAGUGCGAACGAGAAGAUAAUGCAGGUUGUGUGCACGACUGUGUCAACAUCCCUGGCAAUUACCGAUGCACCUGCUAUGAUGGAUUCCACCUGGCACAUGACGGACACAACUGUCUGGAUGUGGACGAGUGUGCCGAGGGCAAUGGUGGCUGUCAGCAGAGCUGUGUCAACAUGAUGGGCAGCUAUGAGUGCCACUGCCGGGACGGCUUCUUCCUCAGCGACAACCAGCACACCUGCAUCCAGCGGCCAGAAGAAGGAAUGAAUUGCAUGAACAAGAACCACGGUUGUGCUCACAUUUGCCGGGAGACACCCAAAGGGGGUAUUGCCUGUGAAUGCCGCCCUGGCUUCGAGCUCACCAAGAACCAACGGGACUGUAAACUGACGUGCAACUACGGUAAUGGCGGCUGCCAGCACACGUGCGAUGACACAGAGCAGGGUCCCCGGUGCGGCUGCCAUGUCAAGUUCGUGCUCCAUACCGACGGGAAGACAUGCAUCGGGGAAAGGCGGCUAGAGCAGCACAUCCCCCCUCAGGCCGUUUCUAAUGAGACCUGUGCGGUCAACAACGGGGGCUGUGACAGUAAGUGCCACGAUGCAGCCACGGGCGUCCACUGCAGCUGCCCCGUGGGCUUCAUGCUGCAGCCAGACAGGAAGACCUGCAAAGACAUAGAUGAGUGCCGCUUGAACAAUGGGGGCUGUGACCACAUUUGCCGCAACACAGUGGGCAGCUUUGAAUGCAGCUGCAAGAAGGGCUAUAAGCUUCUCAUCAAUGAGAGGAACUGCCAGGAUAUAGACGAGUGUUCUUUUGAUCGAACCUGUGACCACAUAUGUGUCAACACACCAGGAAGUUUCCAGUGCCUCUGCCAUCAUGGCUACCUGCUGUAUGGUGUCACCCACUGUGGGGAUGUGGAUGAGUGCAGCAUCAACCGCGGAGGUUGCCGAUUUGGCUGCAUCAACACUCCGGGCAGCUACCAGUGUACCUGCCCCGCCGGCCAGGGCCGGCUGCACUGGAACGGCAAAGAUUGCACAGAGCCGGUAAAAUGUCAAAGCAGUCCUGGUGCCUCGAAAGCCAUGCUCAGCUGCAACCGAUCUGGCAAGAAGGACACCUGUGCCCUGACCUGCCCCUCCCGGGCCCGGUUUUCACCAGAGUCUGAGAAUGGCUUCACGGUGAGCUGUGGCACCCCCAGCCCCAGGGCCACUCCAGCCCGAGCUGGCCACACCGGGAACAGCACAAACUCCAACCACUGCCAUGAGGCUGCAGUGCUGUCGGUUAAACAGCGGGCCUCCUUCAAGAUCAAGGAUGCCAAGUGCCGCCUGCACCUACGAAACAAAGGCAAAAUGGAGGAGGCCAGCAGGAUCCUGGGGCAAGGUGGUGCCCCCUGCUCUGACUGCCAGGUCACCUUCAUCCACCUCAAGUGUGACUCCUCUCGGAAGGGCAAGGGCCGGCGGGCCCGGACCCCUCCAGGCAAGGAGGUCACUCGGCUCACCCUGGAACUGGAGGCAGAGGUCAGAGCCGAAGAAACCACAGCUACCUGUGGACUCCCCUGCCUCCGACAGCGAAUGGAACGGCGGCUGAAAGGGUCCCUGAAGAUGCUUAGAAAGUCCAUCAACCAGGACCGCUUCCUGCUGCGCCUGGCAGGCCUUGAUUAUGAACUGGCCCACAAGCCGGGCCCAGGAGCUGGGGAGCGAGCAGAGCUGGUGGAGACCUGUAGGCCUGGGCAGCACCGCGCUGGGGCUAAGUGUGUCAGCUGCCCGCAGGGAACGUAUUACCACGGCCAGAUGGAGCAGUGUGUGCCAUGCCCAGCGGGCACCUUCCAGGAGAGAGAAGGGCAGCUCUCCUGCGACCUUUGCCCUGGGAGUGAUGCCCACGGGCCUCUCGGAGCCACCAACAUCACCACAUGUGCAGGUCAGUGCUCACCUGGCCAAUACUCUGUAGACGGGUUCAAGCCCUGCCAGCCAUGUCCACGGGGCACCUACCAACCUGAAGCAGGACGGACCUUGUGCUUCCCAUGUGGUGGGGGCCUCACCACCAAGCAUGAGGGGGCCAUCUCCUUCCAAGACUGUGACACCAAAGUCCAGUGCUCCCCUGGUCACUACUACAACACCAGCAUCCAUCGCUGUAUCCGCUGUGCCAUGGGCUCCUAUCAGCCCGACUUCCGUCAGAACUUCUGCACCCGCUGCCCAGGAAACACAAGCACUGACUUUGAUGGCUCCACCAGCGUGGCCCAGUGCAAGAAUCGCCAGUGUGGUGGGGAGCUGGGUGAGUUCACUGGCUACAUCGAGUCCCCCAACUACCCAGGCAACUACCCAGCUGGCGUGGAGUGCAUCUGGAACAUCAACCCCCCACCCAAGCGCAAGAUCCUUAUCGUGGUACCCGAGAUCUUCCUGCCAUCAGAGGAUGAGUGUGGGGACGUCCUCGUCAUGAGAAAGAACUCCUCCCCAUCCUCCAUCACUACCUAUGAGACCUGCCAGACCUACGAGCGGCCCAUUGCUUUCACGGCCCGCUCCAGGAAGCUUUGGAUCAACUUUAAGACAAGCGAGGCCAACAGCGCUCGUGGCUUCCAGAUCCCCUAUGUUACCUAUGAUGAGGACUAUGAGCAACUAGUAGAAGACAUUGUUCGAGAUGGCCGGCUCUAUGCGUCUGAAAACCACCAGGAGAUUUUAAAGGACAAGAAGCUCAUCAAGGCCUUCUUUGAGGUGCUGGCCCACCCCCAGAACUACUUCAAGUACACAGAGAAGCACAAGGAGAUGCUGCCAAAAUCCUUCAUCAAGCUACUCCGCUCCAAAGUUUCCAGCUUCCUGAGGCCCUACAAAUAGUGCCCCUAAGCCCAAGACCCAGGUUUUAAAGCCCCCAGACUCCUUAGCCCUCAGAGCCGGCAGCCCCCACCCCCAGAUGAGGAACUCUUUCCUCUCUUUCUUUUUGGAGGAAAAAAAAAAUCACUAUAGACAAAGCACUCUUCCUUUCUGUCUCUCUAGCUUCCUUUCCUGUCUCUGCCUCUCUCUUUCUCCCUCUCUCUUACUGUGGUCUCUUUUCCUACACGCUACCUGGAAAAGCCAUUAAGCGCUGGCUCUGUUUCCCCUGAGGGGUAAAAGAACAGUGUCCCCUUCCCCUUCCCGGCCACACUGCCCAUUUUACUAGCUCACAUCCUUGGCCUCCAUCAGCUUGGGAGGGUGCUAGAGGCCCAUGAAGGAAGUGGGGAAUGGGGCGGGGGAAGAAGGGCUUCUGCCAUUUUAGGGUUGUGCCUUGCUAGUCAGGAGCCAAACGUCCCCUGGCUGUGCCCCCCAGGGUGAUUCUAACAACCCAGGGUUCUGCCAAAGAAGCCUUUGACUUACAGGCUUAAUGCCAGCACUGGUCCUCUGGGGCACGUGGUUCGAGCCCUGGACUGUCCACUCAGCUGGCUUUCUUGUCUAUACAGCUUCUCUCCUUCUUCCCCCACGUCUGCUUGGGGUCCAAUCCAUGAGGGCUUACAAAAGGCCCAUAGCACUGGGCUAGUGGACAGCAGCUGAAUGAGGAAAAGCAGCAGGCAUUACCAUGUUGAAUGUGCCGCUGUCACCCCCCAACAGAAAGACUAUAGCUCUGCAGGACAGAAACCAGGUUUUAAAGCAUCACCAAAAAAAAAAAAAAAAAAAAAAAAAGAAGAAGAAAGAAAGAAAGAGAGAAAGAAAGAAAGAAAAUGUAUCAUCUAAAGGACUAGACUACAGAACAAUUGGAAGCCAGCCUCAAACACUAAUCCCCUUUCUUGUCUUCCUGGCCCAGCCAUCUCCUCACCCCUACCUGAGUGCUCCCUGGGGGAGCCCUACUCCCCUUGCUAAGUGUUGUCCUUAAAGAAACAUGGCUGCUGACCAGAAGCCAGCCUGGGCCUUGCCCCAGACUUGUCUUUCCCUUGUAGCCCCAGAUGGCUUGUGGGCUCCACCAAAGAGGACCCUGCUCUGCAGCCAGCCCAGAGCCACCUACCUCUGGCCCCAGGUUGUGGGCAGCAAGAGGAAUGUGUGCACACUUGGCGAGCCUUCUGCCCACCCUGUCCACAUCUAAUAAGUGCAAUCAUUUUGAGUCUUCCUAUGUUGUCUAGAGGGAGGGGUUUUUGUUUUCUGGUUUUGUUUUUUGUUUUUGUUUCUUUUUUCCUCUAUUAGGACAAACCUAUUUAUAGCUGCCCAAGAGAGAAGAGUGUAUGUUUGAAGUGGAAGAAAAAAGGUUUUGAAUCUCAUGAACCUUGAGUGCUGGAGCUGUCUCUGCUCCCCGACCAGUGGCCAUCCAGACCUCUGGAGCCCUCAGCUGGGGGAACCCAAAACUGUAGCUCAGAGGCACCUGAUGUGUAGGAGAGUAAUUCUGGGACUUGACAGAGCAGGAAGGAGAGGGACCUGUGUUUGCUAAUCCAAUCCUGCCAUCCCUAUGCCUCUCUAUGGAUUCAGCACGGACCUCACGACUGUAGAGGCCGAUAGAAUCGGUCAGUGACUCUCCACUCCCAAGUAGGGAAAGCCUCCAUCUUUUCCCUGCCUUCAUCCUGUUUUCCCCUGUUGUACACAUGGAAGAGCAUCAGGACAAACCCCCUGGAGAUGGGCUGACUGAGGGCCCUGAGGCCAGAGACAAGGCUAUGGGAACCAAGAACAGGACAGUUAUCCAGGCAUGAAGUUUGUCUGACCUUGGCCACUCUGCCUACCCCUACCGGUUUGCCAUUCCCUCUAGGAGUUGACUUCAAGCCUAGCUUCCUCCACUACUGCUUUUCAAAAGGAAGAAUCAAGCCCAUGCCCAAGCCCACAUCCUGCACACAUUCUACCCUCAUUCCACUGCUGUCUAUAAAUUUAUUUUCCAUUUGCUCCUUUUAUUUCCCCCAAAGCUGUUGUUCUAUUCAAUCAAAGGCUACCAAUUAACUCCUAGGGUGCAUUUCUAAGUGACUAUCCCAGGUUAUUGCUCCCCCAGGAGAGUCGACACUACAUAAAGAAGCUUGCACCAUCCCCUCACUCCCUAAUCAGUAGCGUUCACCAGCCAAAGAUAGCCUUAGGCAGUAGGUAGCCAAGGUCAAAGCUAGUUCCCCUGACUUCCAUUAGCGAACACCCAGGCCCUUGGCAGUAGAGUGUCUGGCUUCCUGUGUCUCUCUUAGUCAGAGAGGGCUCUGCUAUAAACAUACAACAUGGCUGCUUCCAUACAAGAAAAUGGUCAUUUAAUAGAAGUAUCCACACUUCCCAGGAAAUGCCAUGGAAACUACUUUAAUCCACUCUGACCAUCCUCAUUCUCCACCAGAAGCUAGGAUAACUUUCUGAUUCUCUCCCUACCAUUGCAUCUCUCUUAGAAAGCUAAGCAGAGUACUUCCCAACUUAGGCCUUCAGGGUCUGGCUUCUCCUUGCUCUCUUCCUUUCCUGUCACCCCAUACAUACACAUAAACAGAUUUCCUCCAAUAAUUUAUUCCAUAGUUUCUGGAAACUGCGAGUGGUUUCCACAGUAUGGAAAGUAUAGACCACUAGGCUUCUUAAUUGAUGUCAAAACAGAUCUUGGUGAGCAGGUAAAGACCUGCUAAUGUCCACCAUGAUUAGUUUAGGUCGUCCAAGUAGGGGGUUAACAAUCCAGGCAAAGCUACUGCUGAACAUAUGGAGGAAGCCAGUCUUGGGGCAUCAAACCAGGGGUUAAGUAGACUGAAUGAGGAGUCAACACUCAGGGACUCUCCAGGCCUUUUACAGGUCAGACAGAAAAAAAAGUUUUUACCAGUGUAAGGAAGGAAGUAGAUGGUGUAAAUGGGAACCCUUCACGAACCAGUCCCAAGGCCUCUCUGCAGGAUGGGGGUGUUUACAGGGCCACAGUACUGUGAGGCUUCAUUUCUCUUAGUACAAAACCUGCCUUGAUCUGAGUCUGGGAAUGGGAAGCCAUUUCUGCAAGGACUCUGAGCGCCAAGUGAUGCACAUCAGAAAGGCACUUAAAUCCUCAGCAACAUGGCAAUCCCUUUUUACUUCUCUGCCUCCCUUUCUGUAUUAUUAGGCCAGGUCCAUUCCUUAAACCCGAGGGAACUCUCAGCCAGGAGAAAACUGACCAGAGCCCGGACUUGAGCUGCCCUACCGCAGGCCUAUAAAUCCCCAGAAGACACUGAGCUGUGACUGCUCUGACUUCCUGAGAAUUGGGUUAGUUUGAGGUAAUGGAGGCUCAGAUUUGUUGCUGCAAGUUCAGUAAUACGGCCCUGGUCUCUGGCCCUAAUGAAAUUUUUGUAUCUGAGAAGUGUUCUCCAUAGGCAUGUGUGAGGGGACUCUGUAGUGGACUGACAGGUCAUAUCUCAAAAUGUCAGAAAACAUAGAGCAUUCAAACUUUGUUAUUUGCUGCUUAACCUCAAUAUAACAGGCUCACACUAGGGGGAGGGAGACAAAGUAUAACUGACCAUAAGCAGAAAAUAAUGUUAACCUGCUUGGCUUCUUUCUAAAGCACAAAAGUGGAAGCAAACAACACAAGGAUAUCUUUAAAUUGGACCUGUCUCAAAGAUAGCACACCCUGUCCUUGGGCCAUUAUUUGGACUAGGAACCCUUUAAGAAAAUAUAUGAUUAGAGAGAUUAGAACCCCCAGUUCUGUUAUCAGCUUAUCUAGACAACACAUUGUAGCAGUUUGGACAAACUGAAAACUUUAUUCUUCUAUGUGAGUUAAACUGAAGUUUCAGAGAAUAAUCAUUACCAUGUGGGAGGCUUUUUUUAAUGCAGAAAAAGAAUCUCAAAAUGUAUUUAUAUCUGCCUUCCACUGCUGCCAAUAUAGUAAGUAUCUCCUACACAAUCAACAAUAAACAGUAAAUGAUGCAGUUCAUAGAGUAUUUUGCACUUGGGGAAAAAAUGUA